AUGGUACGCACCUAUCCAGGUACCGUCUACUUGAACAACCUCAUUCCCGGCGAGCGGCUAGGUCCUCAUGAGCACAUAGGCCUGCUCGUGGAGCUUUACGAAGCCAGUCAGGUGUACAACACCCAUGGCCCCCGUGUCAUGCCCGAUCAGAUGACUUUCGUACAGCCAAACGGCAGUACAUCAUGGCCGUACGAGCCCAAAGGCGGUCUGCCUCCCAUAGUGGCAUGGAGCAAAUCGGAUGAUAACGGCGUGCUCCUCGUGCCGUACAGCGGGGCAUUCAGAUGCGCCUCCGACAGCUUCGAUGUGCUUGAGACUCAUCUGAAGCACCUGCACAGCAUUCCCUGGAGCGAUAGGAAGGAGGUUGCGUUUGGCCGAUGGAAUGGCUUCUGCACGUACUACUAUGGCACUGGUCUGGUGCGCAGCGCUGACGGCAAGGCUGUGCCAUGCCCACGCAUGUACCUGAACGACGUCUCAAAGGCCCGUCCUGACAUGCUGGACGCAUACGACCUUUCACUAGCAAAACACGUGCCCCUGGCCCACCAGAACGCCUACAAGUACAUCGUCUCCACGGAUGGUUGGUCCAUAAGUUCCAAGUUCGACAAGUACCUGUUGCUCGGGUCACUGGUGCUAAAGGCCGCCUCCAUUCGUACGGGAUUUUAUUACGACGCAUUGGAGCCGUACGUACAUUACGUACCGUACAUGGAGAGACAUAAAGACGACAUCGUGGAGACUAUCCAGUGGGCUCGCGACCACGACCAGGAAGCACACAACAUCGCCCGGCGGGGAGUGGCCUUCGCCCGCGCCCACCUCAGCCGCCCCGCCCGCCUCUGUUACCUGUUUAGGCUACUCACUGAGCUGGCCAAGCAGUACCGCUAUCCUGUCAGUUGCCGGCGCCGCAACCUGUGUGUGCCGCUGGUGGAGGAGCUCAAGUUCUACUCCAAGUAUAGCCAGACCGAACGCACUUGCGACUAUCGGGAGCUUCUGGAUAGGUACGGGGAGUCCGACCCAUCGGCCGCCCCCGGCUCCACGCGGUUCGACGAGCUGUACGGCAUGCACCACGACCCCCUGCACUGGCCCAGGGACGACCUCCACGUGGGUCAGCUACAGCGUUAG